AUGGAUUUAGACGACCUAAGAGCAGAAGUAUCUCGUUUGACAAAUGCCCUCGAGGAAGCUUCUUCAGAUAAAAUCAAGGCUGCACAAUAUGGGCUACAGGUUUUGGAUGAAAAGCAGCAACUCGAAGUUAAACUUAUGCACUUGCAGUCUCAGUUUGAUACUGCAAAAGCAGAAGCUGAAGCCACGAAAAAGGCUUUGGCGCAGUUUCAAUCGCAGCAAAAAUCAGUAGCUAAGUCUGAUAUCGACCAUGAAGAAAGUUUGUUAGAAGAAACAAUGAAUCGAGAGCAGGAAUAUUUAGCCAAAAUUUCAACUCUUGAAAUGGACCUGAAAAGUUGUCAACAUGAAGUGGAAAGGUAUCGAGCUGAUUUAGAUAGAUUACAAACCUUGCAUUUAAAUGCAUCUGAAACAGCAUCUGAUCUUGAUACUCAAAAGCGACAGUUAAGAGAAGAUAUAAAAGAAUUAAAAAAUCGCGAGCAGAGAUUGUUAAGUGAUUACUCUGAGUUAGAAGAAGAAAACAUUAUGUUACAGAAGCAGGUGUCAAAUUUACGUAGCGCUCAAGUAGAGUUUGAAGCUGUAAAAAUAGAAGUAAAGCGUCUGAUGGAUGAAAUCGACCAGUUAAUUGCAGAUAAAGAGGAAGCCAAUAAAUUGACGAUUGUCGCCCAGAAACAUUUGGAAGAUGCACUGGUAAAUGUACAGCAAGAACGUGAUCAAAAGCUGAUGUAUAAGAAGGAGUUGGAAUUAAUGCGAAAUGCAGAGCACCUGCAGCAGCUCAAUACAAUGCUUUUCGGGUUACAAAAUAAUAAUGAAGAUGACGCUCAGACGCUUAAAGAGCUGGAAUCGUCACUUAUUGUGGAUUCGAAAGAUUUUGGUAAAGGCAGGCCACCAAAAGGUGUUGAUUUAUUUUCGGAAAUACAUGGUGAUUUACCUGAACGAAUAGCCGAUCUAGAAACAAAGAGUGAUAAUCUUUCAUCGAAGUUGAAAAGAAUGGAAAAAGAUGUCAGUCACGUUAUACCUGUUUUGAAAAAACUUGCAGUAAUGAGUACACCAGAAUUAGAUCACUCUCAGCUGAAGCAGCUUUGUGAAGAUGCUUUGAAAAAAAUUGAGCAACUUGUUGAACGUUCAUCCAGAGCGGAUGUAGCGGGUAAACAGUAUGAGCUUGUUAAAGCGGACUUGCGUACUGCAGUCAUGAUUGCUGGCGAGAACCAAGCAAAACUGGGUUCUGCUCUGGAUUUAAUGAUUGCUGUUGCCGAUUUCCUAUACCAUUUAUAUCAUCAGUUGGUUUCUACUCACGGACUAGAAGCAGAUAGAAAUGCGACGGAAAUGAUGAAACAACUCAGACAGUAUGCUAAAGAAAAUGCAGAAAGUGAAGAAUAUAUACAAGAUGAAGGCGUUGAAAGUGGGACGGAAACCGAAGGUGGUCGCUCACCACGUCUAAUGUUAAAUUUACAACGUCAAUUCAUAUCGCCUGCAUUUGCAAAACUUAUAAGUGAUAAACUAGUUUGUGGCCUAUUGCAUGAUAUAUUAACAGAAAGCGACUUCAGAGAAAGAAUCGUUCCUGGUGAAAGUAAUGUCUUCCGAGUAUCUGAUUGCCUUACUGAACUUUCAAAAAUUGUUCGACGCGCUGUAGAGAGUGCUUUGAACUCACGAGUUGAGAAUGAAGAUCAUCAAGAAUUGACUUUGCAGAAUAUGAAGUUGCGUUCUCUAUUAGCUACGAAAAGAGACCAGAUCGCAACUUUGCGUACAGUAUUGAAGUCAAACAAACUUACUGCAGAAUCAGCCUUAGCUUCAUUGAAAGAAAAAUAUGAAAGUGAAAAGGCGACGACUCAUGUGAUUUUAGAAAGGUUGAGGCGUGAGUUGAAAGCUUUCAAAGAAGAUGCUGCAACUUUUGCGUCUCAUCGCGCGAUGUUUAUUGCGCGUUGUGAAGAAUUGCAAGCGCAGGUUGAUGAAAUGACUGCCAUACAAAAAGCAGCAGAAGACGAGAAGAGGACAUUAAAUUCACUAUUGCGCAUGGCUAUUCAGCAGAAACUGACUCUAACUCAAAGGUUAGAAGAUUUUGAAGUUGACCGUGAAAGGCAGACUUUUAAACGUGGCAACAAGGCAUCAAAUCGUGUCACCAACUCAGAUGGUUCUGGACAACUACACCGAGUACGAUAUCCAGGACCGAAUGUCCAGCAGCAAAGGAAUUUAAAAAGAGAUUAUUAG